AUGAGGACCCAUACUGGGGAGAAGCCCCACAAGUGCUCGGUUUGUCCACAAGCAUUUGGUACUGCAGGUAGUCUCGUGAGGCAUAUGAGGACCCAUACUGGGGAGAAGCCCCACAAGUGCUCGGUUUGUCCACAAGCAUUUGGUACUGCAAGUAGUCUCGUGAGGCAUAUGAGGACCCAUACUGGGGAGAAGCCCCACAAGUGCUCGGUUUGUCCACAAGCAUUUGGUACUGCAGGUAGUCUCGUGAGGCAUAUGAGGACCCAUACUGGGGAGAAGCCCCACAAGUGCUCGGUUUGUCCACAAGCAUUUGGUACUGCAAGUAGUCUCGUGAGGCAUAUGAGGACCCAUACUGGGGAGAAGCCCCACAAGUGCUCGGUUUGUCCACAAGCAUUUGGUACUGCAGGUAGUCUCGUGAGGCAUAUGAGGACCCAUACUGGGGAGAAGCCCCACAAGUGCUCGGUUUGUCCACAAGCAUUUGGUACUGCAAGUAGUCUCGUGAGGCAUAUAAGGGUCCACACGGAUGAAAAACCGUUCCAGUGUUUUAUCUGCAAGAGAGGCUUCCGGAGGAGGUACAAUCGAGAAGUGCACUUCACCCGUUGCUCUAUCCGAGAUGGGAGAUGA